AUACCCCACUCAUAAGACCGUUUGUUUAGUUCAUUAUCUAAGGGUACACCUGAUAGCAGGUCAUAUGAUAAACACGAGUUAUAAAGUAUUAUAAAGUAGUUUGCAGGCGGACAGUUUGACAUACAGACGUACAAAAUUACAACGAUGUUCCGAUUCGCCGUUAUCGUGGCUCUUAUAGCCUUUGCCGCCGCCGCCAGGAUGGCAAAAUUCAACCCUGCACUCGACAACGAGUGGCUGGAAUACAAGAACUUCCACAACAAAAAUUACCAGUAUGGUGAGGAAUUUACCAGACGUGCAAUCUGGGAGAAGAACCUGGAUUACAUCAAGCAACACAACCUGGAAGCCGACAGGGGAGUGCACACUUUCUGGCUGGGAAUGAACGAAUUCGGAGACAUGACCAACGAGGAAUUCGUACGUGUGAUGAAUGGUUACAAAAUGGCCACCAAAACUAACGGUACAGCAUACUUGCCCCCAAGUCACGUGAGCCUACCAGACAGCGUUGAUUGGAGAAAAGAAGGAUACGUUACACCGGUGAAAAACCAGGGCCAAUGUGGUUCAUGCUGGGCAUUUUCCACAACUGGAUCACUCGAAGGACAAACAUUUAAGAAAGCUGGAAAACUCCCAUCACUUUCAGAACAAAAUCUGGUAGACUGUUCCACUAAACAAGGUAACCAGGGUUGUCAGGGUGGUUUGAUGGACCAAGCCUUUAAAUACAUCAAAGAAAACAAUGGUAUUGAUACUGAAGCCAGUUACCCAUACAAGGGAGUUAACGAGAAAUGCAAGUUUGACGCUGCAAAUGUCGGUGCCACUGACACCGGUUUUGUAGAUGUAAAAAGUAAGAGCGAAUCAGAUCUCCAGUCGGCUGUUGCCACAGUUGGACCAAUCAGCGUAGCCAUUGACGCCUCACAUAUGAGCUUUCAAUUAUACAGAUCUGGAAUCUACCACAGCUUCUUCUGCAGUCAGACAAGACUAGACCAUGGUGUUCUUGCUGUAGGAUAUGGUGCUGACGGUGGAAAAGAUUACUGGAUCGUCAAAAAUAGCUGGGGAGAGAGCUGGGGCGAGCAAGGAUACAUCAAGAUGUCCAGAAACCGCGACAACAACUGUGGUAUUGCAACACAAGCCAGCUAUCCAACCGUAUAGACAACUAUCUUAACGUAUAACGCAGCUAUCCAUUCGUAUAGCAUGACGAUACAACAUAAUAACUACAAACUGCAGAUGAACUAUAUGAAAACUUUUAAAUGUCUACGAUCAUAAAAUUAAUACACAGUGCGACAAUAUUAUCUCGUGUUUUGCUACGUAAAAAGCUGGCAAUGUUGCCAUGUUAUGUUCAGUUUUUGUUACGAAAUAAAAAUAUGAAAACAUGCAA